AUGGGAAUAUUCUUCACACCUAUACAUCCUAAAAAUGACGAGUUUUUCGCGGGUAAUACACUUUCCACUAGAUCAAGACAACGUCGAUUAUCUUAUGAUCGUAAUCAAUAUAACAGAGAAAUGUUCAAUAAAGCGUACACUUUACCAACUCCUAUUAUUACGACGGAACCUAUGACGACUAAGGAAUUAACUCGUUCUACUUCUAGCUCUAGCUCUAUCUCGGCUCCGGUUCUCAAUUAUCAUUAUUUUGACGAACCUUACUCUUACACUGGUCUCUCUAGUCCAAAAUUAAAUCCUAUUUGUUCUGAAUCGCUUAUUUCAAGAUCGAAAAAUGAGCAAAAAUAUAGAGAUCUUGGUAAAGAAAUCACGGAUAAUUUCUUGUUUAAGGAUAGUUGGCCACAAGAAAUUGUGGGAAUUACACACCAUGAAAAAGUAGAAUCAAGAAAAAUUCCGAAUAAUAUAUAA